AUAUAAAGCUUGACCAAACUAUCAUACGUAUCAGUAUCUGAAAUUCACGAUACCUACUCGUCACAUUAUUGCCGACCUCUGUGCUGUCUCUGAUUAAUUUUAAGAUGGCUAGCUCAAACGUACUGACCUUCUUCAUUUUGUCGUUGACGAUGACAACGGUUAUUUGCCAGACGUUCCAAUACAGUCGCGGUUGGACGAACGGUAAGAGAUCAUCGUCCAUGGUGGAGGAAUCAGCCAGUAGAAAUGCAGGUCAAUUAGACAAUGCCCUUGUCAACUGCGAGCUACAGAAGCUGAGAUUAUUGCUUCAAGGAAACGUUAACAGCCAAAUAUUACAGCAAUUUCCCUGCGAAUUCUUUGACUCUCCGAGAAGAAAUUUCCCAGAAGCUAUCAUCAACGUGGACCAUUUACGACGACAAUCUACAUCUGCGAACAACAAUUACUAAAUGUCCCAGUACCGUGUUCCUCGUCCCAAUUACGAUUAAUCGCUGAUUUGUUCCGAUCAAAUAAAAGGCUGUACCUUUGAAAAACCUGAUUUUCGUUCCCCUUUAUAAUGCAAGUCUACAGGAUGUCCCAGAAUUAGUGUAAGAACUGGAAAUGGGGGUAGCUGAGUCGAUUCUGAACCACAAUUUCAGGACAUUUCCUUUGCAGGAAUAUCGGAUGAUACUUCGUUUUUGAAUUAUUAACGAAAAUCACCGACCAAUCACAGCGCCCUAGUAAAUUGAUAAACUUCAAGCUCGAUUCGAUGCUAGAUUCACAUACAGGCAAGAUGAAAAUCUAGGUAUAAGGAAAACUGGGAUCAAUUGGAACGUUUCUGACAAAAUAGUUUACUCAGAUUUCAUUUUGUGUCCUAUUUGCUUAGGAAUGAGCUUUAAUUAUAGCUACCUAGUUUU